GGAUUCAAUGGGGGUUUGCACCGAUUUGAAAUCAGCCCGUGGUUAACAGGGCGGGCUUUAGGACCCAGCGUUGCACAGCCCCCUCUGCACACUUCCCUGUCGUUCCGGCUCCGCAGGCUGCCCGGACUCCUGCGAUGGUGGCUGCGGCUCGGCUGCGCUGGGCAUUCGGCUGCCCAGGCCUGGCCCUGGCCUGGGCCCUGCUGUCGAUCGGCCCGGGCUGUAGGUCAGCGCCACCCCCGAGCUGGGACACCAUCGAUUCGCGGCCCCUGCCGCCCUGGUACGACCGGGCGAAGUUCGGCAUCUUCAUCCACUGGGGAGUCUUCUCGGUGCCCAGCUUCGGCAGUGAGUGGUUCUGGUUCUACUGGCAGAAGCAGAGGCUGAAACAGUAUGUGGAGUUCAUGGAGAGGAACUACCCUCCUGGAUUUACCUACCCAGAGUUUGCCCCGAUGUUCUCCGCCACCUUCUUUGAUGCAGAGGUUUGGGCUGAUCUCCUGGCCUCCUCGGGAGCCCGAUACGUCGUCCUGACCUCAAAGCACCAUGAAGGUUUUACACUCUGGGGGUCGAAGUACUCGUGGAACUGGAACGCAGCUGACGUGGGUCCUCACCGUGACCUUGUCGGAGAGCUGGCACAAGCUGUCCGUAAUAGGACCAGCUUGAGGUUUGGCCUCUAUCACUCCCUCUUCGAAUGGUUCAACCCCGACUUCCUGGAAGAUGCUGCCAGCAUCUUCCGGACCAAAACGUUCCCCGCCACCAAGACCCUGCCGGAGCUGUACGAGAUCGUGAACAAGUAUCGCCCAGAGAUUCUCUGGUCUGACGGGGACGGUGGAGCUCCCGAUACCUACUGGAACAGCACUGGCUUCCUGUACUGGCUCUACACCCAGAGUCCUGUGCGAGAGACGGUGGUAACCAACGACCGAUGGGGCGCGGGUACCAUUUGCAAGCACGGCGGAUUCUACACCUGUGCAGAUCGGUACAGCCCAGGGCACCUCCUCACCCACAAGUGGGAGAACUGCAUGACCAUCGACUCCAAGUCCUGGGGAUACAGGCGAGAGGCCCAGCUCCGGGACUACCUCUCGAUCGAGCAACUGGUGAAGACGCUGGUUGAGACGGUGUCCUGCGGAGGGAAUCUCCUGAUGAACAUCGGACCCACUCAUGACGGUCGGAUCGUGCCCAUCUUCGAGGAGAGGCUGAGGCAGAUGGGGCAGUGGCUGCAAGUCAACGGGGAGGCAAUCUACAACACCAAGCCCUGGAGGAAGCAGAACGACACGGUCACACCUGGCGUGUGGUAUACAUCGUCACCGGGGAAACAGGUGGUUUACGCAAUAUUUCUGACCUGGCCCAAAAUGGGACGGCUGCACCUCAGUGACCCUCGUCCUGCCGCGGGGAGAACCAAGGUAAACCUUGUCGGAUACCCAGAGCCUCUGCAGUGGAUGAUGUCUGGGGAGCAGGAGCUGAUAGUGUUACUGCCGACUCUUCUCCCGCACCAGCUGCCCUGUCAGUGGGCUUGGAGCUUGAAGCUCACCAGCGUGUCGUGAUGAUGGAGAGCGGCCGUGCGGAGCAAAAAGCCCUGAGGGUUUCUGGAAGACUCCUCAGCACACUUUUGCCUUUUUUAUAUGACAAAGUUCAAAGUAAAUUGAUUACCCUGAACAAUAAAGAUUUUGCUUCCUGAAUACUUUUGGGUGUAUUUAAUGGAUUUUGGGCUGCUGAUCAUGAAAAUCACCAUGAAAUUUCCCUUUCGCUCACUUUUUUUUUGAAAUCACCUUUACUUGUUAUUUCAAUCAUGAUUCAAGUCAGAGUAACUGAUGCAAGAUUAAGGAAGGCAUCUUUGCUGGCCAACAAAUCAAGAAAUUCAUCAAUGACAGGCAAAUCAAAGAACAUCUAGUGGAACCGGAGAAAAUCGCACAGAAGGAUGUUGUUAAUAACUUUCUUGGCAACUGCAGAGCGCCAAGCUACGUGCAGCUGGUUGACAACAUGCUUCAAGCAAACAGACCCACAAAGUGCAUCAAACACGAGGAAAUCUGUGGAUGCUGGAAAUUCAAGCAACACACACAAAAUGCUGGUGGAACACAGCAGGCCAGGCAGCAUCUAUAGGGAGAAGCGCUGUCGACGUUUCGGGCCGAGACCCUUCGUCAGGACUAACUGGAAGGAAAGAUAACUUCUUCCCUGCAAAUCUUGGUGCUGUCAGUUACGAGCACGGUGAAAUGUUUCACCAGGAUGUUUCGGUCAUGGAGAAACGGUAUCAGGGCAAGUGAAAUCCAUCAUUGCUGGCUGAUUAUUGUUGAACACUUAAACAAGAAGCCUCAGACACUGAGUACCAAUGGAAAGCAUUAACAAAAUAUUUUUAGCUGAGUGAACUAUUGCAAAGCAUUAGCACCAUUAUGCAAUUAAGUACUUUAUAUUCAAUAAAAGUUGAUUUAUUGUUUUUCCUAA